GUAUUGUUCCAAAGGAGGUAUUCUUUCUUUGAAUCAAAAAGCUCCAAGCUGAAGGACCACUCACAUUGCAGCAGUGGGUGUUGCACAGGAAUAAACCACACAAUAUAGACCCAACUUUCAUCAGGGGAAUGCCCAUUGAAAUGGUGAACUUCUAACCCUUUGUCUCCUAGAGUCCUGAACAGAAUCCCCCUCCGGUUCAGAUACACGUGCACACUGAAUCUGUACCACUGCAGCUGCACAAAUUGAACCACAAUCAGUACCAAUUAAAUUGCAAUUCUUCAUGGGGAUUGGCUGAAUCAGGAUCAAAGGAAGCAGAUCCAUCCAAGGCCCAACGAUCAGAAAUGCCAACUGUACGGAAAUAGCCUCCAGCUAUGUUUGCCACCAAGUUACUUUCCAUAAUCUGGAGAAAUACUGAAUCAAACUUCCUGACUUUUAUGUCAUAUGCAAGUAGGUGCACUGUCAUGGUCAUAUUAACAAGAUAAAAGCCAGGAACUAAGUAACGUGCAGGUAUAUGAAAUGUAACACCACCUGUUCGUAUAUCACCAGGUACCUUAAGAGGAUUGAACCAGUCUGGAGGAUUCCAUAUAGUAUGAAGCCUAUAGAUAUUCCAGAGUAUAUAUAUUUCGGAUUGUGACCUGCACACUGCCUUUGCAGUUGAUUGCAAGGUAAUUUCUGACUGUGUCCUGUAACUUAUGACAGGGUCAGAAGAAUUAGGUUUAUGAAUUAGGACUGUCAGUGCAUGACAGUAGCUUUUCUGACAGGUCACUUUUGGUUCCAUGACCUUUGAUGCGUAAGUAUUGACUGUAGUUCUCAAAACAGCAUGUGCAAGUCCAGUUUUCCUGCAGUUCACUUCUGCUACAAAGCCUGUGUACAAUGCAGGUUUGAAAGGCAAGACAGAGUUAGGAAUAAAAUGGGCAGCAUUUCUGACAUGAUCCUUGUAAGUGUAAGUAUUGUUCCAAAGGAGGUAUUCUUUCUUUGAAUCAAAAAGCUCCAAGCUGAAGGACCACUCACAUUGCAGCAGUGGGUGUUGCACAGGAAUAAACCACACAAUAUAGACCCAACUUUCAUCAGGGGAAUGCCCAUUGAAAUGGUGAACUUCUAACCCUUUGUCUCCUAGAGUCCUGAACAGAAUCCCCCUCCGGUUCAGAUACACGUGCACACUGAAUCUGUACCACUGCAGCUGCACAAAUUGAACCACAAUCAGGCAUGAGACUUGGAGUUCAUUGUCCUGCCUCUGAUAGACAUGAUGUUGUGGGUUUGAGCAGGUAACCAAGAGUGGUGGUGGCAGGAAACCAAGAGGUACAGCUACUAUAUAUUGAAAACAGCACCACAAGAAGACGAGAAAGAACCCAAAGCAAUGCAUCCGUGGUAUGAAAGAGAGAGAGAGCGAAUCCUGUUCAAGUGCAGCAGUCACCUCUUAGCAACACCAGUCGUCUUAGAUACAGUGGUUGUUUUAAUUCUAGAAUCUUUUCACUGUUGCCCCGAGCAACUAGGAUCCACAUUCAAUAUGGAGGCAAUGUCACCUUAUAUUCUUUGAUUUUACUGGAUCACUGAUUCCAUCAUCUGUAUUCUACAGUUCUUUAAACAAAAAACCAUUUUAUGUACACUGUGCAAAAAAUAUAAAGUAAUUGUAUUCCUUUGCAUGAGAUGUUGGCUUGUCUUGCUGCUUGUCAUCCUCUACUACAUGGCUGUCAACAACCCUAAGAAGCAAGAAUGAUGCUGGCUGGGCUGUAGGGGGUCUCCCUCCGCCCCCCAAAGCAGCACCUGCCAGCACCGCAAAGUGUGGAGUUCCCGGACCUGCAGUCUCUUCCUCCUCCUGGCCUCAUGGAAGCCCCCCUGGACAAUUCAGCUUGACUAUCAAGAGGCCUGGCAGGAUGCUGGACUUGUCCUUUCAACCACAAAUAAUGAGGCCUGUAAAAUGUUUGAUGCUACACUGACUCAGUAUGUGACAUGGAAAAAUGAUAAAAGUCUUGGAGGCCUUGAAGGAUCACUGUCAAAAUUGAAGGCAGCUGAUCCUAAUUUUACAAUGGGGCAUGUAAUUGCUAAUGGGUUGGAUCUGAUUGGUACUGGGAGUUCAGUGCGGCUAGACAGAAAACUAGAUGAUGCAAUAAAGAAAAUGGUUGUACUUUCGCAGUCUCAACCUCUGACUGAGAGGGAGAAGCUACAUGUUUCUGCGCUGGAGCUCUUUGCUAAUGGGCAGCUUCCUAGAGCUUGUGAUACCUGGGACCAAAUUCUACAGAACCAUCCAACUGAUUUGUUAGCCCUCAAAUUUGCACAUGAUACUUAUUUUUACUUGGGGCAGCAGAUCCAGAUGAGAGACUCCAUUGCCAGAGUGUAUCCUCACUGGACAACAGAUAUUCCACUUAGUAGCUACUUGAAAGGCAUGUACUCCUUUGGACUGAUGGAAACCAAUUUAUUUGAUCGUGCUGAGAAGCUGGCUUAUGAGGCUUUAGCUAUCAACCACACAGAUGCAUGGUCUGUCCAUACUAUAGCUCAUGUUAAUGAAAUGAAAGCAGAUCUAAAGAGUGGGCUGGCAUUUAUGAAGCAAACUGAAAACAACUGGAAGGAUAGUGACAUGCUUGCUUGCCAUAAUUACUGGCACUGGGCCUUGUAUUUUAUUGAAAAGGGUGACUAUGAGUCUGCGUUGACAAUGUAUGACACUCAUAUGGCUCCCAGGUGCCAGUUGAAUGGGACGAUGUUAGAUAUUGUUGAUAAUUGCUCCAUGCUAUAUCGACUACAGUUAGAAGGUGUGAAGGUGGGUGACAGAUGGAAAGGCGUAAACCAGUUAACAAAGAAGCAUGCCAAAGAUCACGUCCUGAUUUUCAAUGACGCUCACAUUCUGAUGUCUUCAUUAGGGUCCCAGGAUCACAAAACUACUCAUGAACUCUUAGCAACUCUCCAGGAACUGGUCCAGGCACCUGGUGAAGACCACGUGCUAAACUUAGCUCCAAACCUGGGGCUACCUCUUUUGCAGGCAUUUGUAGAAUUUGAUAAUGGGAAUUACGACAAAGCAGUAGAAUUGCUGUAUCCCAUUCGCUACCAGAUAGUUGAGAUAGGAGGAAGCAAUGCUCAAAGAGAUGUGUUUUCCCAGUUACUGAUUCAUGCUGCUUUGAACUGUAAAUCUAAAGCUAACCAAAAACUUGCUAGAUGCCUCCUGAUGGAACGUGAUGAACUGAGACCAAAUUCACCACUGACUGAGCGACUGAUACGGAAAGCUACAACCAUUCACACCUUGGGAUAAAUCUUACUACCUCAAAGUGUUUUUCAUCAGCAUUAUUAAACUGCAGCUUCUGAUUACAGCAAUAAGCAAAUCACACUGUGGGCACACAAUCUUCCAUAAAUUCUAAAUAGCCAAGGACUUUGGGAAUGUGCUGUGACAGCGGCUUGUCUUUGCACCUGGGGUUUCUGGAACGCUUCUUUAUUUUGUGCCACUCUACUCUGUUUACAUGCUCAGAGUGUGCAAAAGUAUGAAUUGAUUGACUGGAUCAAGGAAGAUUUUCUUGCAGAUACUUGCUAUUCCAAAACAGGAUUCUUUGAUAACAUGUUGAACAAAAUCAGGCAAUUGAAGAUGUGUUGAAUGUAAUAUGGCUAUGUGGAAAAUACAGGCACAUUCUGUUGGGAAUACUCUGCACAAGCACUAAAAUGAAUGUAAAUUAGAUACAGUUGUGGGCUUGUGCUUUGUGCUUGGUUUUGUGGGGUACAGAUGUAUUAUGAUGGUCUCUGUUAGGGGAAAAAGCUAAAACACAGGAUGAUUGAGUUCACACACCUUUUAAUACUAAUCUGUCAACUAGUGUUAUCAGAAGUUCUGUUGGUAUGCUUUGUGAAUAUAUUUUAUUAUAAUGUAUGGAAGUGUGUUCCUUUUCUUAACACGACAGGUGUUUGGUGCAUUUUCAGUAACUAUUCCCAAAUAGAAGCAGUAGACUAGGUUACCUUCCUGCUCUCCUCCCUACUGCGCAGGAGGACAGGGUAACUGCUAUUGCUGUGUAGAGCAUGAAGGGAGAAGGUGGUGCACCAGUAGCUGCACAUGGCACAAUUCUUCAUCUGUGGUAAAUUUGUAAGUGAGGAACAAUUAAGUGUGAACAUGUUGCUCAUGACACGGUAUUGGUGGUUUGAUUACAUUGGAACCAGCAAGAUUGCAAAGCCCCUAAAUUGCUGAUGAGCUGUGCAUGAAAGAGGUGUUGCUUGGCACCUAGCAAUUCAGAAUUUUGAUCAUUUUUAUUUGUUUAAAAAAUGUAUUUUUAGAAGUAUAGAAAAGGUUGAUGGAAAAUAGUGUGCUAGAUGCGUCCAAGCUAGGUAAUCUGAACUGCUUAAAUAUGAUUGUGAUUUUUAUUGCACAAA